AUGUACGAAGUGUCGUGUGUGGCUGGCAACAAAGUAGAUGCUGCUUACGCAGUCAAGAGCCUGUCUAACGUAAUACCACCAGGGAUGGGGCACGCCGUGUCCGUGCAGCGCCACCACGCGCACUCACAAUCGUACAAGCACAAACCCGAACCACCGCCAGUGAGUAAGCCAGAUGCUUUGAAAUCUCAUGUGAUGAGACUCUUGAAACGAUCUAAGAGCCAUACACCUGCGACCAGAGCGGCGGAAAUCCAAGGCGACCCUCGCGCAUUUGAUAGGCGAACGGUGUUCUCGAAACCUGUGGCCGAUGAACAAAGGCGGCGAAGGAAUUCGGCUGAACGACGCCGUAGUGCUGACAAACGUGUUAUGGUGACCAUAGUCGAUGGGUUGCCAGUAGUAGUGACUGGUCAGAGUCAAGUGCCACCACCGCCACAGCAUCCGCCUCCGGUCACCCAUCAUCGUCAUUCUCACAGAGAUAAGAGCAUCUACGAUAAUCCCAAAUAUCGAGAGAUAGCUCUCACUUACGUUAAGGUUGUUAACCUACAUCCGAAAUGUCUAUCAGACGAUUUUUCGGCUCACAUUGGCGCGUGCAUGCAGAAUGCAUUA